CCCAAUGAUCCGGAACAAAAAAAAACCUCGAAUUGUUUCAGCGGGGAAACUUUUGGGUCGCAACCCUCGAAUGCAAUUAUCAGCGUUAGAAACAUUUUAAAACAUUCAACUCCAUGUCAUUGUCGCCAGAUGACGAGUCUGUUCUAUUCUCUUGGACGUAGCGGCUCCAGACUCCGAGUCCUCGCCAGGCAGAUGAGCCAUGCCGUGCCCACGGGGGAACCGGCGUCCCCCGUCACGUCGGGCCUCCAAGGAGUCGGCGCGGCACCACCGCGACCGCCGCCGCCGCUGUCGCGCACCGCGGCCAUCCUCGUGGUGGGAGACGAGAUCCUGAAAGGACGUACCCCGGACACCAACUCGCACUUCAUGUGCACGCGACUGCGAGCUCUGGGCGUGCGGGUGGAGCGCAUCUCGGUGCUGGGCGACUCGGUGCCGGCGCUGGCUGAUGAGUUGGCGCUCCUCGCCGGGCGCCACUCGCUGGUCAUCGCCUGCGGAGGGGUCGGACCGACGCACGACGACGUCACCUUCGAGGCCGUGGCCCGGGCCUUCGGGGACACGCUGGUGCCAAACCCUGAGCUGGUGGCGCUCUGCCGCACCGUGUUUGGCGAAGCGAAGCCCGGUGAUGCGCGAAUGAAGCUGGCGUCCGUGCCUUCGACUGCGACGCUCAACUAUGGCAUCGACAAGAAGACGGGGGAGCGCUUCAGGUUCCCUGUGGUGAGCGUGCGCAACGUCUUUCUGUUCCCGGGCAUCCCCACGCUGCUUGAGAGAGCGUUUGUUGGGGUGGAGGACCUGCUGGUGGCGGUGGUGGGCGCCGGGACGCCGAUGGCGAUGGAGCACUCGCGCGAGAUGCUGGUGAACGCCGACGAGGUGUCCAUCACGAGCGUGCUCAACGAGGCCGAUGCUCGCUUUCGGCCAGCCGUGCAGCUCGGCUCCUACCCGGACUGGCUGUGCAACUACUAUCGCGUCAAGCUGACCCUGGACGGCGAGUCGGAGGGCGCCGUGGACGCGGCGUUCCGCUUCCUGGAGGAGCGGCUCCCCGCCGGCUCCGUGGUGCGGAUGGAGCGGCAGCCGGUGCAUGUCGCCGCCCGUGCCGUCUACGAGCUCUCUGGCGCCGGGUCCCCGCUGGGAGAGCGCGUGCGCUCGGCGCUCGCCGUGCUGGACGAGGCGCUCGACCGCUUCUCCCUCGACGAGCUCUGCGUCGCGUUCAACGGCGGCAAGGACUGCACCGUGCUGCUGCACCUCUUCUACGCGGCCGCCGCCAGAAAGUAUAAGGAGCAACUGGGCACCGUGCACUGCUUGUACAUUAAGAUGCCCGGUGCUUUCCCUGAGAUGGAGCAGUUCAUUAAGGAGACGUGCCCAAGGUACGGCGCCGAGAGCCACGUGUACGAGGGCGACCUGCGGACGGCGCUCGGCGAGUUCGCGCGCUGCCGCCCGCGCUCGCGCGCCGUGCUCAUGGGGAUGCGGCACACGGACCCGGGGCCCCGCACGCUGGCGCCCAUGUGCCCCACCGACCCCGGGUGGCCCCCGCUCCUCCGCAUCAACCCGCUGCUCGACUGGAGCUACCACGACAUCUGGGCGUUCCUGCGGACCCUGUUUGUCCCCUACUGCAUUCUCUACGACAAGGGGUACACGUCGCUGGGCAGCCGCAAGAACACGAGAAAGAACCCAUCCCUGUGCUAUACCAACGCCCGCGGCGUGGAGAGCCACCGCCCUGCAUACCAGCUGGAGGACGCGAGCCACGAGCGGCACUCGCGAGCCUGACGCUCCCCCCGCGCCAUUACCGACAGAGACGCACCACCACAAACGCCACCACCGAUGAUGCCCCCGUGCCACUACCAACGACGCCCCCAGCAGUGAACGUGGCUGCAGUGUCUCACGCUCUAUGGGCCUUGUGAGCAAGUCCGUUGUGGCAGCAUAUGCCGAGACAGUGGCCCCCAACACCGAGCGAAAAGUGGAUAAAUGUUGAAGAAGCCAUAUUAAGAUUUGAUUAGGAGGCAUGAACUGUGAGGAGUAUGCAAAAUAGCCAAUCAGACUGAAGUCAUACCCAUAACCCUAACAAACUAAAAAACCUGCUCUUAGCACCAAUAUCCACAACCACAGUAGCUAUCAAACCUUAAUGCUACAUCUAAACCUAAUUACACUUACCAAUGACACCAUGUACCUAAACCUAAUCACACUUAAACAAGAUUCCAGAUUUACCUCUUAACCACAUUGGCAAACAAGUCCUUAGCACUGCCUCUAACCCUAACCUUAGUCCCACCAGACUCUAGCACUUGCCCUGAUCAUAACCAUUAAGUGUGUGAUGAUGUUUUCAUUCAUCCACUAAAAUAGAUUUUACGCUCAUUGCAACAAAUUGUGCACGAGUAUUGAUUACUUAUGAUUUAUAACAAAAAUAUAUGCAAGUAAUAUACUGAUGUAACACGCUACUCAUGAGACAUUAUUGCAUCUCAACCAUAAUUCAUGACAGUUUAUCAUAUUGGUAGGUGGGUGGGUAUAAUACUUUAGGUGUGACAUUACCAUUCAAUUAGGUCACCCACUGGCUGUAAAGUUGCACAGCAGAUUAAAACGUGACUAUUUAACUGCUCUUAGCGAUUUAUUUGUAGCUACUGACACAAUACAGUCAAUUACAUUUAAUCCCGUUGGAGAACAAGGCCAUGCUCGCCAGGAUUUAAUAUUUACUUUUUGACCAAAAGUCUUUUAAGUAAAAAGUUGUAUUGCUGUUGAUGGCAGAGAAUGCCCAUAGAGCAGUGGUUCUUAACCUGGGGUGCACCACGCACCCCCUGGGGGUACGAGAUGCCCUGUCUGGGUGUGCGAGACAUGGCCAGAUUUUUUUUUAGAUGGUAAAUCAUCGAUACAAGUUUACUACGUUUGUUUUCUCAUUCAUUUGUACCUGAUGAUGAUGGCUUGUGUUGCAAUCGAAACGUCGUAUUCGAUUAUUUAAUUUAAUUUCUACGUGACUUUACCGAAAGAACCAAAGAGUAAUUCCUGCAGUCACGCAAGCCUCGAUUCUAGUUUAAGUACAACUACUUUGUUGAAUCAAGCCGAUGUAUUUAUUAACAUCAUUUUUUUUACGAACCACACCAUAUAGAGACUCGUGAUGUUACUCACGCGUGCCUCCAAUGAGGGCUGCCCUCUUAGUUGUAUACGAGUGGUGCCGUGAGCCCGCCAAUCCGUGUUCACUCGUUUUCCGCAUUGCUGCGACAACGGCAAACUUAAGGCAAGGCAGACGGUGGGCACCGCUGAGACGACGCGUCUCCUUACAAAGGGAGCUGUGGGAUAAAGUAGCCGUGGGGAUAGAAAAUCAAGAGCACGGAGGUGUGAAUGUGCUGUGCAACGAUUGUGCGCGCAUGUUGCCAGGUAAGUAAAAUGUAUAAACGUCGAAUUAUUUAAAUGAGUUGGAGGUCCUACGAACUGAAAAGAUUUUACAGGUGUAAAGAGUUUUGUAAAUACAAUACCUAAAUGGUAAAAUAAAUAUUUUAUGAAUUCAAA